AUGCCUCUCCCACCGCCAACGUCCCUCAGUCUCCCCCCCAAGCCCAGCACGGCUCGGUCCGCCGCUUCCAACUCUUCUGUGGAGAAGCAGGCAUUUACCGCCGCGACCUCAGCCCCAUCCCCGAAGUGCUCGAUCUGCAAGUCUCCAGCAAAGUACACAUGCCCGCGCUGUGCCGCGCGCUCCUGCUCCCUCCCUUGCUCCAAAGCACACAAGGAGAAGAAGGGAUGUAGCGGUGUUCGCGAUCCAGCCGCCUUUGUCCCACUGGCAAAGUUCACACAGGGCACGUGGGACGGCGACUAUGCGUGGCUCGAGUCCACCCGACGCCAGGUCGCGGUGUUCGGGGAGGGCAACCAGAGUAGCUGGAACCACAAAACCAAAACCUUGGCGAUCACGAUCCAACUCGUCCCCUCUGGCCGCCUGGCAGCCGACAAGAUCGUACACGCGCGCGUGCGCGUUUUGCCGACGGCCGUGACGCUCAACUCACUCCUUCCCGAGUCGUUCUCCGACGUCGUCUUCGUUAUGCCCUACCACAUUCCCCGGCGGCGGGCCGCCGAGAUCCGUCCGCCUGGACGCGGAGCAUACUUCCCCCCUCUACCCGGUGGAAAGGGACUAGACGUCGCACUGCACGGUACGGCGUUCGUCGAGUUUCCCGUUAUCCAGGUGUGGGCGCGCGAUGAGUGGGAGCGUGCGGUGCGGAGCCGCGCAGUUGGGGUUAUGCCGAGCUUGCAGCCGCCCCGAGUCGAGGAAGAGGAGGAGGAAGAGGAGCGGCCGACAAAGAUGGCAAAGGUCGAGACUAGUGCUCUUGCUGGACUUGGUGAUUAUGGGGAUUCAGAGGAUGAGGAUGAGGAUGAGGAUGAGGAUGAGGAAGAGGGAGAGGUGGAGGGAGUUGCGGAGGAGGAGAGCGGAGAACAGGGGGAGACGGGGGAGACGGAGGAGGGCGGGGAUAUUACCCUCGACCCUGCCAUGGCUGAGGCGCUGGGGAAGGCGCUGGAGGCCGACUUUGGUCCUGCUUAG